UGACAAAUCCGUCAAAUCGUUGAAAAUAAUUAAAAAUUCAGUGUGACAAUGUGUUUCAUGCAAAAAUAAAAGUGAACAAUAUUAAUUUUCGCCAAAAAAAGUGAAUUUGUAGAAAAAAAGUCUUAAAUACUAUGAUCAUUCAUAUUGUGACGUAUUUUUUUCAAUCUCAAAUGGAAUUUGAUGGUCAAUUCAUGCAGGCGUUUCAACGUCACGACAAGAAUGCCGAUGGCUAUAUCACAGCGAUUGAAUUAGUAAAACUUUUUAAAGAUUUGGGAAAACCUGUUGAUUUGGAUCAGCUGGAAACUGCAUUCCAAAACACUGGAAAUAAUGAUAUUGGACCAUACAGUAUUGAACAAUCUCGCAGUAUUUACAAUUAUGUAUUAAACCAUGAUGAUGUUUCCAUGGCGAGCCCAAAAGGUAGCCCGAUGUCAGAUAUUUCCGAACCAUCGUCCCUAAUAUUGGAUAAUCUAAACAUGGCAUUGGAACAUCGAGACUUGGAAAACAUCCACAGUUGUGUGGAAGAAGCACGAAGAUUACUUCUUAAAAAAAACAAAAGAGAUAGGUGUAAAAAAAAAAAAAACCAAUCGCUCCUUUUCAAAGCACUAAACAACCAUUUUAAUAAAAAAAUAUAACAAUCAGAAUUAACAAACAAGAAAAA